UUCAGCUCGCUAAAGCCGCUUUAAACGGUUGCUAAGCUAACGUUAACCGUUAUCUAACGUUAGCAGCGGGGGGAGGCGAGAUAAAGAUUAUAGUUACACCGAUAUUUACUAAUGUGUAAAUGGGGUUAUCAUAGCUUAGCAGACGAAUAGAUAAAACCGAGCUGUUUUGCUGCAUUUAUCUGAAUGUUAUUUGAGAGGAGACAAUCAUAUCUGUCAUAUACAGGAGCCUUUACAAUGCUGGCGAUGCAGUUGCUGAGAGGUGCAGUGAAGCAUCUUGGGAGCAGAUCCCCGUGCAGCGCUGAGCAGCUGAUCCCUGCAUUGCGUGGUGUCAGCUCAUCCUCACAACAGUUAUCUGUUUCUGGGAGAAAUCACGCAUCAUCCUGCGCCGACAAUGACAACCCCAAAAUCCUCAUCACGGGGGGUCUGGGACAGCUAGGGGUGGGGCUUGCCCAGUUGUUGAGGCGGCGAUUUGGAAAAAACAACGUGAUCCUGUCUGACAUCCGGAAACCUCCCAGCCAUAUCUACCACAGCGGUCCAUUCAUCUUCUCAGACAUCCUGGACUCCAAGAACCUCAGGGAGCUCAUCGUCAACAACAACAUCAGCUGGCUGGUUCACUAUUCGGCUGUGCUGUCGGCCGUGGGAGAGAACAACGUCGCCCUCGCUAAAGAGGUCAACAUCACGGGUCUCCAUAACAUAUUAGACAUAGCAACCGAACAUGGUCUGCGUGUGUUUGUCCCCAGCACAAUCGGUGCCUUCGGUCCGUCCUCCCCCAGAGACCCCACCCCUGAUCUGUGUGUGCAGAGACCACGCACCAUCUAUGGUGUGUCCAAGGUCCAUGCAGAGCUGAUGGGUGAGUACUACCACCACAGGUAUGGGCUGGAUUUCCGCUGCCUCAGGUACCCAGGCAUCAUCUCAGCUGACUCUCAGCCUGGAGGAGGAACUACAGACUAUGCCGUCCAGAUCUUCCAUGCAGCCGUAAAAAGCGGUCACUUCGAGUGCAACCUGCACAGCGACACACGGCUUCCUAUGAUGUACAUUGAUGACUGUGUCAGGGCUACUCUGGAGUUAAUGGAGGCUCCAGCAGACACACUUGUCAGCCGCACCUACAACAUCAACGCCAUGAGCUUCACACCACAGGAGCUGACCCAGGAGAUCCAGAAAGUCCUGCCUGACCUCAGGGUCACCUACAAUGUGGAUCCUGUCCGGCAGGCUAUAGCGGAGGGCUGGCCAAUGGCGUUGGAGGACAGCGCAGCGAGGCGGGACUGGGGCUGGAAGCACGAGUAUGACCUCCCAGAGCUGGUGCAGACGAUGCUGACUCACAUCAACCUGGGCAACCAGGUGGCACAAGCCUACUGAGCCUUUUGUAGCAACUCCAUGCAAAGCUUUACUUGAAAGUGAAUGUGACGUAGAGACAAGAGCCACAUGUCUGAUUUCAUGUGAUCAGAUUCAUAUCUGAUUCAUGUGAUCAGAUUCAUAUCUGAUCACAUGAAAUCCUACAUGAAUACCAAAGGGUUGAUUUGACAACAUAAUGGAGACAUAAACUUCAAUAUCUGAGGCAAAAGCAUUCCAGAUCACUCUAUAUCACAUAUCUGAUUGGAUUUGUGGCUUUUUUCUCCAGCUUUUGUGCUUAACGUGCUGCAGUCACUACAGCAGCUUCUCUCUCUGUGAAUGUAUUCUAUGUCUGUAUUAUCAUAUUGAGUGUAUAAGUGUGUUACCAGCCUGCAGUAUGCCUUAAGUGGGACUUCUGCUGUCCUCCAAACCAGUGGGCUUUUGUAAAAGCUGCACUCUAAAUGAAUAUGUACUGUAGUCACAACCACUGACAGGCUUUACCUCUGCUACUGCACAAACUGGUAACCUGAGAAAGCAGCACUGCAGGGAUAGUUUCUAGGUGCUUAGCUGCUGCUUCAGUUUUCUUAUAUGCCUUUUCGGAAAAGGACAGCAGGUACAGCUGCUUGACGUUUGCACUGGUGUGUUUAGUUGUUUUAUUUAUAUUUAAAUAGUAUUUUCCAUGUAGAAGCUGCAGUCUUGGUGCUAAAUAUUUCUGAAUGAUGAAUCAGUUCAUGUAUUAGCAGUUUUUUGACUGAUUUAGAAGGAUGUCUUCUGUUUUGCAGCUGUGUAGAGUGAAUUAAAGGGCUAUUGUUUUUUAUUAA